GCAUGAUUUCUAGUCCAAAAAGAAUAUAAGAUAUCACAAUUAAAAUUAAUAUCACACUUGUAAAUAGACUUCAUACAUUAUUAACACUGAACAAUUCGUAUCGUAUAUAAUGUGCACGUUAAUUAAUCAUUUCAUUAUGCAUAACGCUUCGCAAUUAGUUGGUCAGAAUAAAUAAAACGUUGUAAUGUGAAAUGGAAAUGCUUGUAUGCAGUUUCGUUAAUAUUUUGAUUCAGUGGUUCAUAAAUCAUUUGGCUAUUUGGAAAUUUGAACAAAUAAUUGUGGCCGAAAGUUACAUGGCUUUAUACAAAAUUUCUCUCUACAAAGGGAGUACUUAACGGCAAUUAAUGUUUUUACCAUAAACAUUCAUUACAUGGCUUACGAUGUUAGCUUCAAAAUAUAAAGUGUUAAACUGUUGGCCCCAACAAAUAUAAAUUGGUGCUAAUUAACCAUCAAAAGUUGCUUGCAAGCUUCUUCAAGCCCUACUACUAACAGCAUAUAUAUUCAAUAAAAACAAAUAUUUAUAGGAAGGGGCAGAUGGAGCAGCGCCACCAGCAGAAGGAGGAGCCCCACCCGCAGAUGGGGCCGCGCCUCCCGCAGAAGGUGCCCCACCCGCAGAAGGGGCAGCGCCUCCCGCAGAAGGAGCAGCGCCUCCGGCCGAAGGUGCCCCACCCGCGGAAGGAGCACCGCCCGCAGAAGGAGCACCGGCUGCGCCAGUGGAGGGGGCACCUGCUGCGCCUGCGGAAGGCGCACCGGCUGCCCCACCCGCCGAAGGUGCCCCAGCCGCUCCCCCCGCAGAAGGUGCACCGGCGGCUCCGCCCGCAGCACCUGCGGAAGGCGCCCCCGCCGCCCCCGCGGCGGCACCGCCAGCAGAAGGUUUGUAAUAACUUUCAAAGGGUCCAUGAUAACCUUUUACUUUCCCGAUUAAUAGUUAGUUUAUAUGAUUAAAGUCUUGAGUGAAUCCGGAAUGGAACCUUCAAUUUCCUUCCCAGAGAUGUCUUAAGAGGCGAAUAAGAGAGUGCGUGCUCUCACUUAUGGUGUAACAACCUUGUUUCAACCAAUGGUUUGGUUUCUUCCUAUAUCAUGGUCAAGCAAGUCAUUAAUA